AGUUUACCAUAUCUGCCUGGCAUAUGGUAUUAGGAUAAUUACGCUGGUAUUUCUUCAGUACAUGGGUUUGUGAAAUUAAAUGAAUGCUCGGGCCCAGCGGGCUUCAUUGCUCCAACUAACAUGUCUGGUCUGUGAGUGACUGUGCGCGUGCGAGAGUUUGCCACCCCCUCCUCAACACACACUCACACACAUAUCUUGCCAUCUGUUGACAUGUGCAGCUGUUCAAAAAUAGCCCCUCUACCAGAAGCUUCCCUAAGUAGCCAACAGAUCAGCAGAGCAGGGUCCCGUCGUAUGUCUGUGCAGGUUGUGACUCUACAAUGACCACUUGUACUCUAAAACCACUGCGAGACUGUUUGCUUUGAUAAUUUAUUUUGUGAAUUUUACCCAUCUUUUCAUCUGGGCUACAUCUUUUUGAUAGUUAGUUUCCUGAUUCAGAGUGGCUGCUUGAAGUGCUGCAAACAAAGCUGGAAAUGGAGCCUGUUUCUGACCAGUUCAUGCAGUUCCACCCCAUCCAUGGUACCAAUGUUCAACUGGACCACUCAGGAACCCAGGCCACUAGAGUAGAGAGCUUUGCCAAUGGAGUUUGUUUUAGCAGAUACCCCCUGAAGCCUGGAGAGAUUUUUCUCAUAGAGAUCGAGGAAAAGGAGCUGGGCUGGUGUGGCCACCUCCGCGUCGGCCUGACCGCCAGGGACCCCAGGAGCUUAGAGGCUGUACCUGAAUACUCCAUUCCAAACUUGACAGAUUUAGGGGACAGCUGGAUAUUUGCCAUCACGCGCAACCAUAACAAGAUCAUAGAGGAUGCUGGGGUCAUAGAGCCCAGACAGGGAGAACUGGCUGGGGGGCGGAGGCUUGGGCGAGGGGAGGAAGAUGUGGCUGGAGAUCAGGGAGAUGAAGGCGCAGUUAAUAACAUGAAACCAAAGGCUUUCUUCACAGACACCCACUUGUACAUUGAGAAUGUUCGAAUCCCCAGAGAUAAGCUGGUUGGUCGGAGCCGGCCGGGACGCUACAGUCACAUUUUGGAUGACUUAUAUAAAACCAACGCCCUGCCUCCCACAGCCAGACGCAGCAGGAUAGGAGUACUGUAUGCGCCUAAAGGGGAAGGCCUGGCUGAUAUGCAUAUAGUUAUCAAUGGAGAGGACAUGGGAGCUUCUGCGAAGGGAAUCUCCACUGUCAGGCCUAUCUAUGCUGUGGUGGACGUAUUUGCUGCUACCAAGUGUGUUCGGAUUGUCCAGGUGGAGUACGGAUUCUCGUCCUUGCAGACACUGUGCAGGAAGGCCAUCCAGAAACACAUUGUCCACCGGAUGGCUAUUGACUGGCUCGAGCUGCCAGAGGCACUCAAACACUAUUGCAAGUAUGAAUGAAGGACACAGGACACCUGACACAUGAAAAUCAUUUCAGAGCUCUCUCCCAUCAAAAAUGUGAUAUUUAUUUUCAUGGCAGACCUCAGUAUUUCAUUUAUAAAAUAAAAUGUUA